AUGUCACGCCUUCUUCCCCGACGCAUCCUCCUGACCCCCCUCCGCACAACCCGCCUCUCCUCGACCUUCCAGACCCGCCCCUCACCACCAAAACUCCCCGCCGAUCAACAAGCGGAAUUCGAGCGUCUCCAGCGCGCAGCCUCCGUAUCAUCUGCCUUCCAGCCCGAAGAAGCAUCACCUGCUGCUACUACGCCUGCUACGUCGCAGGUUCGUCACACAACCACCCCCGAAAAGACGGAUGAUGUGAAUGUUGGCUUGUUCCGUGGUGCGCCGCCUGAGUUUGAGGGUGACAGGAAUCCCAAGACUGGAGAGGUUGGAGGUCCAAAGAACGAGCCCUUGAGAUGGGGUGGAGAGGGCGACUGGUCUUACAAUGGACGAGUUACGGAUUUCUAA